GGGGGCGAUGGGGGAGGUGGGGGCGGCGCGCGCAUUGUGCGGGUCGUGCGUUACGCGCAGAACAUCACGCGCCCCGUGGAGCACUGGCUCGCGCGCAACGUCUCCGACACGCACGUCGAGCUGGAUGACCUGGAUCCGUCGCUGCCCGUGUACGUGAUGGUGACCCUGCCCGGUCCCAACAAACCCAACCAGGUGCUGACCAUCCCGCCGAGACCUCUCGACAACUACAACUUGUACCUCAGUGUGGGAGUGGGCGUGGGUGUAUGCGUGCUGUGCGCCAUGUUCGUGGCGGCCGCCUGCAUCUGGAAGAGAUACAAGAAUCGCUCCAGACUGAGAUCACGCAGAAAUCAACGCGCUUUUGAAGAAAUAGAUGAAGGAAGUUCUGAAUUGAAGAUGGGAGCGGGCGGCAGCGGUGUGGGCGGCCGGCUGGCCAACGGCGGCGCGUGCGGCGAGCCCCUGCUCAACGGACAUCUGCGCCCACAUCUACAUAGUAAAACACCAAACGGCAAAGUGAAGAAAGCUCACCUGUACGAGGUGUUCGACGUGUCUCGCGAGGAGGCCGACGUGACGGUGGAGACCGUUCUGGACGACGGGCUCCCCUACGGCCUGCUGGACACCUCGCGCCGCCCCGAGCACGAGCCCCGCCCCCCGGCGCCGGAGCCCCGCCCCCACAAGCUGCCCGACGACAACAUGAACUCCGAGCUGAACAGGACCGCCGACAGCCACCUGGACACCGCCGGCCUGCAGCCCACGCUGCAGCCCAACGGUUGAGACGCCCCCCGCCGCGGACGUCUAGAAUUACAAGGGGGUGGGCGACCCCCCGGACCCGACCCGCGCCCCCCGUCGCCGGGGGCGGUGUCGUUGUAUAUUUAGUACCGGAUAGAUUGAGAUUUUGUACAGACCUCCUCUCGGUCGCCGGGUCGCGGGUCCGGCGCGGUUUGCGCGAGGACAACUUGGCGUGUUUUGUUCCUAAACUAGACUUUAUUUUCAACUUGUCAAGGCUGAUUUUUGCUAACAAUAGUACGGGUUUUAUACGUAAUCGUAACUUGUAGUUCCGUCGGCUCGGAUAGUAGAGACCCACUCGUGGGCACGUGAAGUUAUUCUCGCCCGAACUCGUCGGGCGGCUGAAGCACCUGAAGCACCUGAACCACCUCCUGGUUGUAUUGUAGAUAGACACGUGCCCGGCACAAUGCGACUGGACAAUAAACUAGCCAUGGCGCGCGACACUUUAUCUCUAAAUAUUCGGAAUCAGUAAGGAAAGCAGAUAUCGGAUCGUCACGAGUUUAUAUAUAACGUCGUAUCGCAGUGCCUCAGAAAAGUACACAUUACGAGAUCCUCGUAUAAACAAAAAACUACAAAAUAGAUUUCACCGUUAGUGCAACUUAAGCGUACAAAAUAUAGACCAAAAUGUAACCCAAACAGUUAAACACUAACUCACUUGUAUAUAGCGCGAAAGUAUUUAUUGAUGUUGAAGAAAAGUAUUUAUUUAGUACCCGCUGAUUAUUUCCAUGUCAAUUGAUA